CUGAACUGUAAAAUACUUAUUUUUCCACCAUUUUUUUCUACUGGUCUGUCAUUGGGUUCAGAAGUAUUAGUAGUUAGUAGGUAAACCACCAGGUGACACAGCGGACAGGUGAGUUGCGUGUGUCCCGGGUCAGAGUCUAAAUGAAAGCUGUAAUUCUCGCUGCCGGGUACGGAACCAGGCUCCAGAGGGAUGUGGUGGCCGACAGCAGCGGGAGGUUCGCUCACCUGGCUGGGACUGCCAAGCCGCUGCUGCCUGUGGGACGGUGUGCUCUGAUAUCCCACUGGGUCCGUGCUCUGAGCGCCUCUGGCUGUGUGGACUGCAUUUAUGUUGUUACUAACGCUCUUUACCGUGCUGCAUUUGAAGAGUGGGCAUCACAUUUCUCAAAUGUCAAGAUUCUCAGCGAUCAGACGAGAAGCAAUGAUGAGCGUCUGGGUGCUGUGGCCUGCCUGCAGCUUGCAGUGACACACUUCAAGAUAGAAGACCAUGUCUUAGUGAUUGGGGGUGACACCCUCUUCAAAGAAGAUUUUAGUCUCAGUAAAGUUAAAGAGAGGUUUUCUGACCUCCAAGCAAAGUGUGAGGACAGCUGUCUGGUGCUCUCAUACCAGUGCAAAGAGGAAGAAACUCAUAAAUAUGGGAUAUUGGAAGUGGACGGGGAUCUCCGCGUCCUGUGUAUGAAGGAGAAACCUCUUCCCUCUGAGACAACGUCAAGGAGAGCAUGUCCCUGUUUCUAUGUGUUUUCAAAGAAAAGCCUUCCUCUACUGGACACCUUCCUUGAGGAAAAGAAGGAGACCCCUAUUGAUGAGAAAGAUGCCCCAGGAAACUUUGUGUCUUGGCUCAUUCCAAGGAAGCCAGUAUACAUUCAUCAGAUUUCUGGGCGUUUCGAUGUUGGGAACUUGCCUUCCUAUAUUGAUUGUGACCUUUACUUCAGAGAAAAACUUCAAGAUGUUGAGUCAUACAUGGUGUAGAGGAAAAUACCAUAUUUAUUAUGCCGUGUUAAAAAAAAUGUAUCCAAGACCAGCACACACAAAACAGAUAGUCAAAUGUGAACUUUUUACAAACUUCAAGAAUCUGUCUGUGACAGUAAAUCAAUAACUAAUGUAAAUAGGCCUAUAAUCUCAAUCGUAUGUAAUUUUAUAUUGAUCUUUUCUACUAAAAAUGAUUUUUAUACUCUUUUAAUUAAAACCAGAGAUUUGUCUACUCA